AUGCGUUACUCCCUCGCCGCCGUCGUCGCGUUUGCGGCUUAUGCCACUGCCGCACCGGUCUUCACCACGCAGCAGUACGAUGACAUCUCCAUCUCCGGCGGAACAGCCGGCAACGCCGAGGAGGAGGCGCUGGCUGUCUUCUCGGCGCUCGACCAGAGCGACCUGGCCAACGCCGACCCGGCGGACGUCGACUUCCUCAAGUCGGUCAACAGCAUCGCCAACGAUGCCGAGACUGAUGCGUUCAACCCGGCCAUCGAGGCUGCCAGCGGCGAAGAGGCCGAUGCCCUCCAGCGCGGCAAGAUAAAGAACAAGGUCCUCAAGCUCGAGGCGACCAUGCUCGCACUCAAGAUCCAGCAGGCUCAGGGAGACGACGUGGCGGACAAGAUCGCCGCGGAGCAGAAGAAGUUGAACAACAACAUCAAGCAGGACCAGGAUGAGGCCGGCAACCCGUCGACCGCUCUGACCUUCAGCGCCAGCACUGCAUAA